AUGAAGUACGGAAAGAAAAGAUCUUAUCCAGGAUCCAAUUCCGACGACAAAAAGGGAGGAAACUUUCAGCAGCGUGGAAAGCAUGGAAGGAAAGAGAUGAGAAAUGUCACCAGAACCACUAGAAGAGGUCCAAGGCCUGGUGAAGUACAAGAACAAGAUGAAGAGAAUAUUAUGGGAGAAGAUAGUGAUAUUGAGGAUGAGAUCGAACAAGAUGUCAGUUCUAAAAAGAUGGGCGAAAUUCCAACGGGGGCAGCCUAUGAUGCUUUGUUAGUCCUUUUGAAAUCAGAGCUGAAGAGAGCGCCCAAGUCCAAGAACGGGAGCUCAACUGUUAGUGAGGAAUUGGGUGAUAAAAAUGGUGAUGAGGACGAAGACGAGGCAGAAGAAGAAGAAGAAGAAGAAGCAGAGGAUGAAGUAGCUGGUGCCAAAUUAUUUGAAAGCGACCAAGAAGAAAGUCAAUCUGAUUUUGAAGAAGAUCUCGAUUCUGAUGAUGAGCUCGAUCCUUUUGAAGCACAUUUCAAUCUUCAAUCUGACGACUACCUUCUGAGACAGGAAACCAUCCUUCGGCUGAAUCCAAGAUGGCCCAUAGUCUCCAAGAAUGCAUAUGACCUGGAAAAAUAUACUUCCCUUUUUCAGAGUCUUCCCUCAGCGGAAGCGAAGACACCAAGUCUGAAACCCCAAAACGAUUUGGAAUCGUUCAAGCAUAUCAAACAGAGAGUUAGGGAAUCUUACUUGCAAUCUAAUAGCGGUACCCUUACUACCAGAGAGUCUAUGCUUUUAGAACCCAUGUUAAACUACACAGACAUAAAUUACCCUUAUAGAUCAUUUGAAAACAAGCAAUACCGUAAAUUGUAUCUCUUACAUGUGUUGAACCAUGUCAAUAAAACCAGAGACAGAGUGAUUAAGAACAACAACAAAUUGAGAGCAUACCAAGAAUCUCUCAAAGACAAGAAAACGAGGAAAGGAAAGGGCGAAGAGCUGGAAGAGGAAGAAGAAGUAGAAGAACCAGAGUUUAGAGACCAAGGGUUCACUAGACCAAAGGUGCUCAUCCUCUUACCUACUCGUGAAUCGUGCUAUGAGUUAGUUGAGCAGUUGAUUCAAUUGUCCGGUAGUGAGCAGCAAGAAAACAAGGGAAAAUUCAAAAAACAGUUCCAUAACGAUAGUGUCCCACCUGAGUACAAGCCUGAGGAUUUCAGAGAUGCGUUCAAGGGUAAUAAUAGUGAUUUCUUCUGCAUUGGUGUGAAAUUCACCAGGAAAACUGUCAAGCUUUAUUCUUCGUUUUAUACAUCGGAUAUAAUUCUAGCAUCUCCUAUUGGUUUAUCUAUGAUUUUAGAAAACACUGAUAAAAAGAAAAGACAAUAUGAUUUCCUCUCGUCUAUCGAAGUAUUGAUUAUCGACAGAGCCCAUCAAAUUGAAAUGCAAAAUUGGGAUCACGUCAACACGGUAUUGAAGUAUGUGAAUAAGAUCCCCAAGGAAUUCCACGACGCAGAUUUCUCAAGAAUAAGAAUGUGGUCUAUCAACGAUCAGCUGAAGUUGAUAAGACAAAACCUAAUAUUCUCAGAGUAUGCAUCUCCCAAUAUAAACAAUUUCGUUCUGAAGUCGAUGAACUUGCAAGGAAAAUUGAAGUUUAAGCCUAGUAACACCAAUGACACUUGCAUGAUGAACUCCAUUGGAUUGAAAUUGAAGCAAAUAUAUCACAGAUUUGAAUCCAAUCUGUCACCAAUGCAGGACCCCGACUUAAGAUUUAAGUUCUUCAUCAACUCCAUCUUGCCUUCGCUUACUAAAACAACUUCCUACGAGGAUGGACUUCUUAUCUAUAUUCCAUCUUACUAUGACUACUUGAGAAUUAAGAGCCAUAUGAUGGACCACACCAAGUUAACCUUUGGCAGUAUUGAUGAAUAUUCCUCUCAAGCUCAGUUGUCUAGGACAAGAACUGCAUUUGCUAGCGGCAAGCUAAAGGUUUUACUAUACACUGAAAGAUUACACUACUUCCGUAGAUUUGAGAUUGGUGGUGUGAAGAACUUGUUGAUGUAUGGAUUGCCGAGCAACCCGCUUUUCUACAAGGAUUUAGCCAGAUUCAUCGGGAAAUCAGUGUACAAGGGCGAUGCAGACUUAGAUCUCUCAUUUAUGAAGAUUUUGUAUUCCAAAUGGGAUGCAAAUACCUUAGAGAGGAUAGUUGGCUCUGAAAGAUGCUCCGUGUUGUGCAAUUCGGUCAAUGAAAUGUUCGAAUUUAGAUAA